UCAUAUUCUUUGUCGUCCUGGAAAUCCGCCGUUUCUUUGCUUUCUCUCUCAGACAGUACUUCUCUCUCUCUAUCUUGAGGAGAGAGAUUGAUUAUCUAUCCAGAUAGAGAGAAAGAAGAAAGAAACAUUCAUCUGUUUUCAAGAUCGGGGAUUUCUGGGAGGACAUUCAAUUUCGUAGGAUCGCAGCGGAAGAACUUUACUGAAUCGCAUCAGUUUUUCAGUUUCAUUCAGACUGUCUGUCAGAAUGGUUGGAAUCAAUAAGGAGAACCAACAUCCCGGUGUGAUCGGACCUGCAAAUCUUCAAGGGAGGAAACUCGUCGUCCCCACCGUAGGUACCAUCCGAAUGCCUUUUAGACCGGUACAGAACAUCCUCAUCAAUCGAGAUCAUCCUUACCCACGUGUUGGAACCAAGAGAGGAUCUUUGCCCGAGAAAUUUUCUGCACAAAUGGCUUGUAAGAAACCGAUCUACAAGAAGGAGAAUAAUACAAUGGAAUUGGAGGAGGAUGUUAAUAUGGAAUCUGAUGACUUCUCCGCCCCAAUGUUUGUGCAACACACAGAGAAAAUGCUUGAGGAAAUUGAUAGAAUGGUUGAGGUUGAGAUGGAAGAUAUUGAUGUUGAAGAAGAAGAACCCAUUAUCGACAUUGACAUAGAAGAUGAGAAGAACCCACUUGCUGUGGUUGAUUACAUAGACGAUCUGUACACAUACUACAAGAAAGCAGAGGGAAGUAAUUUGGUGGCAUCGAAUUACAUGGAUCAACAGUAUGACAUUAACGAUAGGAUGAGAGGAAUUCUAAUAGACUGGUUGAUAGAGGUUCACUACAAGUUCGAGUUGAUGGACGAGACUCUAUACUUAACUGUGAGUCUGAUUGAUCGAUUCUUGGCAAUCCACCACCAGCUUCCAAGAAAGAAACUCCAGUUAGUCGGGGUAACAGCAUUGCUCAUAGCAUGCAAAUAUGAAGAAGUUUCAGUCCCAAUUGUUGAUGAUUUAAUCCUCAUCUCUGAUAAAGCUUUCAGCAGGGAAGAAAUAUUGGAAAUGGAGAAACUUAUGUUAAACAAACUCCACUUUAACAUGUCUGUUCCAACUCAGUACGUGUUCAUGACAAGAUUUCUGAAAGCAGCAGCAGCAUCAUCAUCAUUAUUCCAGAAGAAGAAUGAACUUGAGAUUCUAUCGUUCUACAUGAUAGAGCUGUGUUUGGUUCAGUAUGAAUCCCUGAGGUUUAAGAGUUCUCUGAUGGCUGCUGCUGCUGUGUUCACAGCUCAAUGUGCUCUUGAAGGGGAGAAUCUUGAUUGGAGUAGGACUUGUGAGAUGUAUACAGGUUAUUCGAAGGAGGAUCUUCUGGAAUGUUCUAGAAUGAUGGUUGGGUUACAUGAGAAGGCUGCAGCUGGGAAACUGACAGGGGUUUAUAGAAAGUAUAAUACCUCUAAGUUUGGUCAUAUUGCUACUAAAGUUGAACCGGCUCAUUUCUUGCUCAUGGCUUAGAAGGUGGGAAUGUAUGUGUAGUUGAAGCAACUAAGGUUGCCUCCUAGGGAAGAAAGGGGGUGGGUGUAUGAUGAUAAUGGUAUGGUUCAAUGGUGUUUUUUUGAACCAUGUUUUGUGUUUCUUAUAUAAUACUAAUGUUUGUUUGUUAAA